GGCUUUACCUUUGAUAUAUUUGCCGCUUGGCUUAUGUGUGUGUGUACAGGUGACUGGCACACACGUGCGACCGACCAAUGCCACACCCCCUGUACCUUCCAUAUUUUUGUGUUUAACUUUCCCCCUUUUUUUUUUUUCGUUCGACAUUCACCAGUUGGGUGUGUGUGUAUUCGGAAAGGGUCUAGAUGCUGUAACCUUUUUUAUGUUUUUUUUUGCCCGCGUCAGUGUACUGUGCGAACAUUGUCCUGAACGGUCGCUUUCUCGUUGUGUUGCGCCGCUGGUCGGCUUUCUCCUCCUGUUUCGUUAGUGCGAGUUGUUAACAUCAUCGGUUAACUGGAAUUAAACGUACGCUCCAUUGGCAAUUCCUUAUCCAGGUCGACGAGAUUUUUUUUUACAUAACACGACAACCUCGUCACCACUAGCGACUGGUACCUCAUUGUACGAGAGGAAUAAUUUGCCUGUACUCUUGACGUAUAUGAAAGUGAAGUUGGGUUUUUCCAAAUCGCCCCUAAAUAUACACGUAAUCGAGUUGGCGUGUGUUUGGCAAUGAAAAACUCGCUGAUGGCCUUGCUGUUGACGUUGGGUCUUCUUCUGAUAUGCAACGACCUCGCUAACGGCCAAGACGAUGAUGUGCAUUCUGGAACACGUCAGGAGACUGUCAACGUUAAACCGAGCUUUGUGGCAACUGCCUCGAGGAUAGUACGUCCCAGCACCGUCUACCGUGUCAACGUGGUCGUUUUGCCCGAAUCGGAGGGCAUGAUGGUCAAAGCGUUGAUUACCAAAGAUGGCGGACAACACGUGGCUUCCGCUGUUGAAACGGUCGAUUCUGCAACGAGUCGUAACCUUUUAAUGAAGAUUCCAGAUACGCUAACAGCCGGCCAGUAUCGUUUGAAGCUGGACGGAUACGAUCUCUUGCAACCUCAAAAGACCAUCUUUUCUAAACGUGGCCUGUUGGAAUUCCAUCCAGAUUUCCUCUCCAUCCUAGUCCAGACUAACCGUAAAAUCUACAAAAAUGAAAUGAAAGUUCGUUUCCGUGCCAUCAUUACCCAAUUGGUGGACCUCAAACCUUACGCAGAUCCAGUCACCAUCUACAUCGUGAGUCCUGAAGGAUUCGUCAUGAGGCGUUGGCCGUCUCGUUAUCCAACCACAGGUGUUGUGACGUUAACGUACCAACUGCCGACGUUCCCAAGUGAAGGCAAAUGGACGAUCCGCAUCGAGGCUCUGUCGCAAGUCCACGAUCACCACAUCAUCGUCGAACGCUUCUACUACAGAUUUUUUGACGUUAUCCCUUCGGCUCCGGCCUACGUCCUGGACUCGGCUGAAAGCUACACAGCCGCUGUUACAACUUCGUUUCAUUCAGGCAGAGUGGCCAGUGGCAACAUCACCGUCCAAGUCUACGCACGGCCCGUCAACUCAUCACUGGCCGAUUUCCGUUUUAUCAAACAAGAAUUUCCUCCCUGGACGUAUGACUUUACGUACGACGUUCAACUGGAAGAAGUCAAGAGCACCGUAGGCGUUCGCAGCUUGGCCGGCUGGGUCAUUCGAGUUGCCAUGACGUUGUACCAUCAUUACGAAGGUGAAGCGCGCGACGGGUUCAUCGAAACGCGCAUCAUCCGCGCCCAGUUGAAAUUCCACUUCGCUGGACCUAAAACGGCCGUUUUCAAACCUGGAAUGCCUUUCGAAGGACACGUUUACCUCAUGUACGACGACGACCAAGCCCUGCCACAAGAGAAAUUAGCUGGGGCUACUCUGACGAUCCGGCCGGUCGUCACGACAUCUACCGGUCUGCUAAAAACACUUGCGGAAAUUGUGGUACCUCGUCGAGGUGAAUAUCUACGUACAUCCGAUGACGUGCCGAAUUAUUACGGCAAUCCAUUCGACGUCUGGAUGGAUCGUCAAAUGGAAGACGCCGAGUACAAGAAUUUCCGCGAAUUGGGCAUCCAUCAUUUUCGCUUUACGGUACCCAAAGACACGACGUCAUUGAAAUUAACAGCGAUUUACAAAGACGAUGAAGGCGAUCAAGUUAGUACGGAGCAACAGGCCAUCCCGUUCUAUUCGCUCGGUGAUUUCUACGUGCACGUUUCGACCAGCACGGAGGAGGGGAUCCUCGGCCAUUACGCCACCAUCCACUUGAGGAGCAAUUUUGCAUUCCAGGAAUACAGCUACGUCAUCUCGUCGAAAGGUUUGUUGGUUCACGGCGCGACAGAGAACCUUGAACAUUCAAAGAAAUUGUUGACUUUCUCUGUGCCCGUUUCUACCGAUAUGGCGCCCACUUUCAAGUUGGUAGCCAUGAUUGUCAGCCCCCUCGGAGAUCUGGUGGCAGACUCUGUCACGAUUCCCGUCCGAUGCAUCAACCGUUACAAGACGAAUUUGACCAUGGUGCAAACCAAGGAUCACAGCAAAUUGACGGUGCAGGUUGUUACUAAGACGCUUCCGGGUGCGUUCACGGGCGUGUCGCUUUUGCGCUCGGCUCAUUACAUGUUCCAGGCGGACAACGAGAUCACGCACAGUCGGAUGAUUCGAGCUCUUUACAAGCUGGAACCUUUCACCAGAUCAGUUAGUGGAGUUACCUGGACCGAUAGGGAAGGAGCCAAAGCCGAUCAAAGCCAAUAUUUCAAAGCGGCUAAUCCAGGACCGGACACAAAACGGACGUUGAAUCUGGCCGGCCUUUUGGUAUUUACCGACGCACGUGUCAGUCAAUAUCCCGAUAUCGUGAAUUGUAAUAAAGACAACGGUUACGAAGCUUGUAUGGCCGCCGGAUGUUUCCACAGAGAUCAGCGAUGUGAUGGCAAAUCGGACUGUGCUGAUGGAUCCGACGAGGAUGACUGUCCUUUAACAAAAGACGAUCGGAUGGAUUUCAGAAUGUUGAGGAGGAAUCGCUUCCACGAUUUUUACGACUGGAUGGAUGGAGAUUGGGCUUGGUACGACAUUCCGGUCACGGACGACGGUUUCGAAUUCAACGAUCGGUCUGUCGCCCUAACCAACGAAGUUUGGUUCCUCACGGCAUUCACCUUCCAUCGUGAAUUCGGUUUUACUGUUGUCGAUGACGUAGUCGAGUACGAAGGAUCGCUACCUUUUUACGUUUCGGUCGAGUCGCCCAGUUCGAUCCGGCGUGGUGAGACCCUUGGCAUUCGACUUUUAUUCAUCAACAAUCUGCCCACCGAUACGAUGGGUCUCAUCAUCUUAGAGGCGUCCGCCGAUUAUUGUUUCGUUGAAACGGAAGCUCAUGGUGAAGUGGGUCAUUAUCGGCCAAGUCUUGUGUGUGCAGAGCGCCAUCACAUGGUCACGGUGAAAGGAGGAGCCACGACCGAAGUUUACAUGCCGAUUGCUCCGCAGAUCGAGCAGGGAAGCAUCACGGUCAAAAUUCAAGUGUGGAGUCACAUUUUUGAGCAGAAUCUCGACAUCGGCUUGGAAGUUUUGCCUGAGGGAGCCACCAUCAGCAGACAUACUUCGUUGUUGCUGGACUUGAAGAAUCGCGCCCAUGUAUUACGUUUCCUCGACAUCCCCGUCGAAGAGUCGCCCAUCAUUCCGUACUCGAAAUUCCGUCGCUACGUCUUCGGCAGUCCGAGAGCAUCCAUCACGUUAUGUGGCGAUGUGUUUGGUCCGGUGUUUCCAUCGACGCCCGUCACUACCGAGUCUUUACUCAGCCGGUCUCUACGUGGUACAGAAGCGAAUUUAUUCAAUUUGGCAACCACUUUAUGGAGUCUUCAUUACCUGCGAUUGACCAAUCAACUGCAAUCAGAUGUUUUGUAUAGUGGACUGAACGAUAUGAACGUUCAAAUGGCAGAGCUGAUGCGUUUGUACAAUCACGAUGGAUCGUUCCGUGCACACACCAGUUCCAAACCCAACGUUUGGGUCACGGCGUGGGUGAUUCGAAUCUUGGGUCAAUCUCAAUUCCAAGACUGGGAGAAUCAUUACUACGUCGAUCGGCGAUUGAUGACUAACUCAGUCAAAUGGAUACUUCAAUUUCAACGUCGUGAUGGAUCGUUCGGUGAAACGGAAGAUUACAUUGCGCCUCUGGAUCGACGAAUCCUUCCAAUGUAUAAUUCGACGUACAAGGGCGGACAAACUGCUCACGUAUUACUCGCACUCGGUGCAUGCACCGAAAGUCUUGAUGGAUCUAUUAAAGUGGCUGUCGCGUCCGCCAAAAAUCGAGCUGCUCGCUAUCUGGAAAGAAUACUAGAUAUUUUGACAGAUCAAUACGAGUUGGCGAUUGUGGCCUACGCCCUCCAAUCGGUUAGUAGUCCAGCACAAGAAGCUGCUUUUGGCCGGUUGCACAGUUUGAGACGGGAAAGCGAUGGUAUGGUGUAUUGGUCCCGACAACCUGUGCCUCCCAAUAAGAUUCUCUACGAGAAUCAGAGGCCUUUCCUUCAGCCUCGUUUGCCCAUGCAUCAAGACGCUGUGGCAGUUGAGGCCACAUCGUACGCUCUGCUCGUCUAUUUGACUCGCGACGGCAUCGGCGAUCUGCAAGAAAGGGUCGUCAAUUGGCUCAACACGAUGCGGAUGGUCGACGGCGGUUUCGUUUCCAUUUACGAUAGCAUCGUUGCUAUGGAAGCACUCACCGAAUACGCCUAUCGAGCACGAUUACGUGACAUCACCCAUAUGAGCGUCGUUGUGGAAGCAUCCGCUUCGCCUGAAGCUACGCAAUUGAUGCAAAUUAACAGCGACACGUUGGCCACUGUCCAUCAAAUGGAUAUACCGAAUGUCUGGGGUCACGUCAACGUCAUUGGACGUGGAGCUGGGCAGGCUGUUUUGCAACUCAAAGUUCAAUACGGCGUCGAUUGGGAAGAUUUGAGAGAUUUUCCACGACAACGUUACUUUGAUUUGUACGUGGAAGAGACGUACAGCCAUUUCCGCAACAAAUCUCACAUCACCGUCGAUGCUUGUGUCAAGUGGCUGGCGGUGGAUAGAGCGCCGGUGAGUGGCGCCACCACUUUAGAAGUGGAACUUCCAUCCGGAUACAGGAUCGUUCAAUCCGAUGCAAAUCAAGUUCUAAUCCACAAAGAAUUCAAUUUUCUUCGUGACGUCUUUGUAACUGAUCAAAAAAUCGUCUGGACCUUUGAUAAAGUAGGGCCAGAGAGGCUCUGUUUCAAUUACCUUAUUCGCCGCUGGUUCCCGGUCGCCAACGGGACCAUGUACCGGUCAGCCAUUGUGUACGAAUCUCAUUCACCUGAGCAUUUCGAAAUGCAAGUGUUCAACGCGACGCCGCUAUACGUCUUGGACAUUUGUGAAGUGUGUGGGAGCUACCAGUGUCCAUAUUGCCCGUAUUUUAGCGCGGCACCAGUAGUCAUUAACAUCAAUCCUAUUGUCGUUUUCUACUCACUUUUAAUAUCCGCUUUUAUUUACCAUCACUGGUCAGCCUCCUAGUUUUGCGAGUAUUGAAACGAAUUAAGUUUUUUAAAAAGAAUACAGUUCUAUCUUUUCGUAUGAA